CAAACCCUGGUGGAGAUGUGGCCUGGCAGGAGUGCCUGGUGUAUAUGUUAUGGCCUGUGUUUACAUGCGGCGCGUGGCGUGUGUGGUGACUCUUCCUCCUCCUGUGACCUCGCGCUUUAUAUAUUCCCAAGCAAGAUGGCUCCUAGAUAUGAAAUGGCCGUGGGCCUUAACAAAGGCCACAAAGUCACCAAGAACACACGCAAGCCCAAGCCCAGCUCACGCAAGGGGAAAAAUACCAAACACAACAAGUUUGUGAGGGACCUUGUGCGAGAAGUCAUGGGCUUUGCUCCUUAUGAGAAACGUACCAUUGAAUUGUUGAAGGUUUCCAAGGACAAGAGGGCUCUCAAAUUCCUCAAGAAGCGACUUGGCACCCACAUCCGUGCCAAGAGGAAGCGUGAGGAAAUGCAGCGUGUCAUGGGUCAACAGAGGAAGGCUGCAGCUGCUGCUGCUGCUGCUGCUGCCGCUGCUGCUGCAGGACAUAAGUAAAAUAUUGUUUAAUUAAAAGAAAAAAGAAAGGCCAA